AUGUUCAUUGUAUUACAGAAAUUGAAGAAAGUAAAAGGUGCAUUGAAAGAGUUGAAUAAAGUAGGCUGUUUUAAUCUACAAGCAGCAGAGGCGAGAGUUUAUAAUAAUCAAAUGAUUAAAGCUCGACAACAAUUACAUCUACAUCCUGGUUAUGCAAGCUUAGCAACAGCUGAAUUAGAAGCAAUAGAAGAACACAAAAUGAAACAUGCAGAUUAUGUGUCAUUUCUAAGUCAGAAGGCAGAAAUGGAGUGGCUAAGAGAUGGGGAUGAGAAUACCAGAUUGUUUCAUCAAAGCCUCAAAGCUAGGAAGCUUCAGAAUCACAUAUUCAAUAUCAAUGAUGAAUUUGGAGUUUGGCAUGGUAAUAAUGUUGCUCACAUGCCUCGUGUUAUGGCACAGAUUGUACAAGUUGGGCCUAUGUUAAAUGCAUAUCAUCUUGCAAUUCUUAAUGCUCCAUACACAACUGGAGAAAUUAGGAAGGCUUUGUUCUCUAUUCCAGAGAGCAAAGCUCCUGGCCCGGAUGGUUUUGGAUCUUUCUUCUGUAAAGAUGCAUGGGGAAUCAUAUGUGAUGAUAUUGUGAAGGUUGUUUUAGAAACAUUGCAAAGUGGGCAUGUGCUGAAGGAAUUAAACAACACAUCUAUGUAA